GGAGCAUCAUCGUCGGUCCAGGACGUGCCUGGGGAAGAUGAAGCCCUGCCUGGUGCCCGUAGUGGCCCUCUGCCUCCUGCUGGGGCCUCUGGCGGGGGCCAAGCCUGUGCAGGAGGAGAGAGACCCCUAUGCGGAGCCCCCGGCCAUGCCCUACUGGCCUUUCUCCACCUCUGACUUCUGGAACUACGUGCAGGAAUUCCAGGCCCUGGGGGCCUACCCACAGCUGGAGGACAUGGCCCGCACCUUCUUUGCUCACUUCCCCCUGGGGACCACCCUGGGCUUCCACGUCCCCUACCAGGAGGAGUGAGGAUGGAGCCUGGUGCCCCGGGGCAGGCAGGACACCCAGGGGCACUUGGGUCUGGCCUCCUCCUCAAUAAACUUGUGAC